AUGGCGACUGUCCUCAGCAAGGGAGGAAGGGGAGACAAGGAGAUCAGCUCCGGCUACGGGUCGACCUCGUCUCUGAGCAACUCCCCUCCCCUCGGGGCUCCUCGAGAUGUGAAGAAGUUCUUUUGGCAGCGCAAAGCUGCCUUCGACCCGGACGCCAUCGCCACCCAGGCCAGCGUAUUCGACGACGGCGACACAGCGGACAAGUACCGACCAGGGGAGGAGUGGCAAGUGGCCUCAGCUCAGCCGGAAAACACGCACCGAUUCGACCCCCUUUUUCGAUGGACCUGGGCUGAGGAGGACAAGGUCGUGCGCAAAAUCGACGGAUACAUCAUGGUUUGGGCCUGUGUCAUGUUUAUGGCUUUGGAGCUUGACCGAGCCAACAUCAGCCAGGCGCUGGCCGACAACAUGCUCACCGACUUGCACCUCACAAGGGACGACUACAAUCUUGGCAACUCCAUCUUCAGGCUGAGCUUCCUUUGCGCCGAACUCCCCUCCCAGCUAGUCUCCAAGUGGAUGGGGCCUGACCGAUGGAUCCCAACCCAGAUGGCCAUCUGGAGCAUCGUCGCUUGCUCCCAAUUCUGGCUCUCGGGUCGAACUCCAUUUCUGGCAUGCCGAGCGUUGCUCGGUAUCCUCCAGGGGGGAUUUAUUCCAGAUGUCAUUUUAUAUCUGUCGUACUUUUACAAGCACCACGAGCUUUCCAUCCGUCUGGGUUGGUUCUGGACAGCGAUGAGCGGCGCCGAUAUUCUUUCAGCAUUGCUUGCAUAUGGCCUGCUGCGCAUGCGGGGCAUUGAAGGUCAUGCCGGCUGGCGCUGGCUGUUCCUGGUCGAGGGCCUCCUUACACUCAUUGUUGGACUUUUUGCGUUCCUCCUGAUGCCAGCCGGUCCCUGCCAAACCGCGAGCUGGUUCAGGGGCAAGAACGGUUGGUUUGACGAAAGGCAAGAGAAGAUCAUUGUCAACAGGGUUCUCCGCGAGGAUCCAAGCAAGAGUUCCAUGCACAAUAGAGAACCCAUCACUCCCAAGCUUCUCUGGCAGAGCUUGAAGGAUUACGAUUUGUGGCCGCUGUACCUCAUUGGGCUCACUUUCCAGCUCCCUAUGAUCCCACCUCAUCAGUACUUGACCCUUUCAUUGCGCAGUCUGGGCUUCGAUACGUUCCAAACGAACUUGCUCAGCAUACCCUACACCGUUGGGCACAUCAUCACCAUCCUCGGAAUCACCUACCUGGCCGAGAUCCGGGGAGAGCUCACCUUCACGGCAAUGAUGGGACAGAUAUGGGUGUUCCCAAUACUCGUUUACAUGGCCGUGACCGACUUGGGAUCUGUCAAUCGAUGGGCUGUUUGGGCUGUGACCACUGUCCUUCUCAGCUUUCCAAACGCACACCCGAUUCAGGUGGGCUGGAACUCGCGCAACUCAAACUCUGUCCGUCUGCGCACGGUCUCGGCCGCGUGCUAUAACAUGUUCGUGCAGGCCGGCGGCGUCGUGGGUGCGCAGAUCUACCGCGCCGAGGACGGCCCGUUUUAUCCAAAGGGCAACAGGGUCCUGUUGGGGCUCGCGUGCAUGAACAUUGUGCUGUACGGCCUCGUCAAGCUCUACUACACGUGGAGGAACAAGUCCAAGGCGGCCAAGUGGGACGCCAUGACGCCAGAGCAGAGGCUGGACUACCUGGCCAACACCAAUGACGAGGGCAACAAGAGGUUGGAUUUCAGGUUCCAGCACUAGGCGCCGAGGCCCAGAUGGGCUGUUAGUUGCAUGAGGGUGGCCGGU